CGUAGAUGAUUCUUUGCAAAUGCAAAAGUAAAGUGACUAGUCCAAGGACGCUGACUGUUCUGACCUUCGUUGAAGUCUUCCACGAUCUAGUUAGUUGAUGGUGCUAUAAGAAAGUCUUGGGGAAGCGCUGUUGCCUGGGAGAGAUUUCACUGCAAUGUCGUCUGCCGAUACUCCGAGCACAACUAGUGCGAGUGCUGCGACAUCCACCUCGACACCUAGUCUGGUGACGACUGGGCUGAGUGCUGUGACCAGCAGCAACACUGGCACAGUGGGUACAGUCUGUGCCACUGCCAACAGACAGCCCAUCGCUGCCAAUGGGAAUGGCCGAACGCCCGGUGUGCUCAUCAGCAGUUCGUCCAAUGCUACUUCAGCGAGAUCUCUACCGACACUGGUUGGAAUUGAUCCUUUACCAUCAACAAGUGAACCGUCGAUAAUGCCAAGGAAGCGCUUACAUGACCUUGUGCAGGAGAUUAACCCAAACCAGUCACUCGAUGAAGAAGUGGAAGAGUUCCUGUUAUCAUCCAUCGACUCGUUUGUGGACAGUGCCAUUGGGCAGGCAUGCGAGUUUGCCAAGCAUCGCAACAGCACCACGCUUGGCACGCGAGACCUACAGUUGUACCUGGAACGAACUUACAACAUGUACAUACCUGGAUUCGGCACGGAGCGUGCUAGACCCUACAAGAAGCCAUUCACCACCGAAGCACACAAGCAGAGGUUGAACCUGAUUAGAAAAACGACCAAGAAGUGAAGCACAUCACCUUGCAGCGAACAACACACUUUGCUACAGUCUUGCUUCAAAUUAUUACCGGUACUAUUUUUAAUCUUUUUUUUAACCGUGCUAUCCAGUUAUCCAGGUGCAUGACAUUGUAUAACCGUAUCAUAAAGGCGGCAUUGAGAACACGGCUGCUGAAUGCAUUGCAUAAAGCCCGAAAAUAGAUGGUGUGUGCAUUUCUCAGUUGUUUAUUUGUUUGUCCCGACUAGACCCCGAAUUUCAACGACUUUGUUUGUUUAGCACAGCAUUCGCUCUCUGCACCAGCUAGCAAUGCAUAGCAAGCCAUGUCAAUAGUUCAUACUGCUCUACGAUAUUUUGAUUCAUACUGGAUCAAUGAAACCUCGGCAGCAGCAGCAAGCCAUUGUGCGCCGAUGCCAUUAGAAAAUUCAUCCGGCGUUGCUCACAAUAACAACUUACAAAAUGA